CUCAAAUAAAAACCCUACAAAACUCGGAUUUGGCAUCCCCGUUUCCCGUAUUUUCGUACCAUAAGUCUGACAUUCGUAUUUUGGGAAUGCAUGCAAAAAAUUCCCGUAAAUCCAUCCUUUCCUCCAAGCUGGUAAGUGGCAUUUGUUUUUAUUGGUGUUGAUGAUAAUAUCCUUGCCGGUGAAAUGUAGCCCACCGGAGGAUCCCAUCAAGUGCACCAAUGGGACCAAAAAUUGCACCAUCACCAACUCCUACGGCGCAUUCCCGGACCGCCGCAUAUGCCGAGCGGCCGAGGUCGCGUACCCGACGACGGAGGAUGAACUCGUCGCCAUUGUCGCCGCCGCUUCGAAAGAGAACCGGAAAAUGAAGGUGGCGACUCGCUUCUCCCAUAGCAUUCCUAAACUCGUCUGCCCCGACGACGGCGGCGAUACCGGUUCUCUACUCAUUAGCACAAAGUACCUUAACCGGACGUUAAAGAUUGACAACCGGAGCAUGACGGUGACGGUAGAGAGCGGAGUGACCCUCCGGCAACUUAUCGAGGAGGCGGCGAAGGCGGGUUUGGCGGUGACAAGCGCGCCGUACUGGUGGGGGUUGACGGUGGGAGGCAUGAUGGGUACAGGAGCCCAUGGGAGCUCGUUAUGGGGCUUGGGAAGCUCCGUUCACGAUUACGUUGCCGGAAUUCGGAUUGUCACUCCGGCAUUGCCGGAAAAUGGUUAUGCUUCUGUGCGGCAACUCGAAGAAGGUGACCCUGAUAUCAAUGCAGCUAGGAUCUCCCUAGGGGUACUUGGAGUCAUUUCGCAGGUUACUCUAAAGCUCGAACCCAUGUUUAAGCGGUCCAUGAGCCUGGUGGAGGAGGAGGACACAAACUUGGGGGAUGAAGCGGCCACGUUUGGGACCCGACACGAAUUUGGCGACAUGUCUUGGCUCCCGGGCGAGGGAAGAGUCGUGUAUCGCGUUGACGACCGCGUCCCUAUAGACACGCCUGGUGAUGGCCGCAAUGACUUCAUAGGGUUCCGGUCUCUCCCUUGGUUUUUGAUUCGGGCAUCAAGAACUCUAGGUAUUCACUUCAUAAUUAACUAGUGAGUUCUAAUUAAAAGUAUCAAGGAGAAUUAUCAUUGAAUUCACUUGAUGUUUCAUUAUAUUGCACUUUUAAAAUAUGGGUUUUCUCC